UCAUUAACUUGGGAUGUUUGGCUUUGAAGAUUUCUUUUGUAAUGUAAUGGAAACACUGUAUAGUAAUCCCAGUUGUAAGUCUAUUGAAUAAAUCAAGUGAUCGGACCAUUGAAGCUGUUUUUAAGGGGGCGGCUCUAAAGCCGUCAGAGUAAUUGAAGAAUUGUCCACUAAGGCCUCUCGUCUUCGCUUAAAUCCCAUUAAGCCCUGCACUAAUCAGGAACCUUUCAGUUUCAGGGUCGAUCAAAUCAUGUCAAGGUCUUGGAGAGAGAAUUCCAAACACCACAGUUUGGUUCAUGCUUCUUUCUUGGUUAUUAGUAUUACGCGCCCGACUGACGGGCAAGCCAGCGUGAUAAUCCAGUGUACCAUGUUCGCAAACAACUGGACAAGAUUUACAUGUUCUAAACCUUAAACACUGGGGUUUCUCCUCUGUAGGAGAGUAUUAGCAUAUUAUUCACAAAGAACAUUGUCAGAAGGAUUACAUAACACUCAUUUAAAGCUGUGAGAAUUCAUCAGUAAGGGUGCAGUAACAGCGAAAUGUUUGCCUGCCGGGGUCAGUGGCCUAAACCGACAGGACACUUACCCUCAAACAAAACACUCUGACCCUGAGUGCCAACCAAGCCCAAAAUCUGUUCAAUAAGAGCACGUGAAUCAUCACCAAGGUACACAGUGUGUCCUCCUACACACAACUGACAAGGCACCAGCACUACAACUAGCUGGAGGACAAAACAGCUGCAUGUCUGGAUACCGUGGACUUUCUCUUUGAGCCCAGGAUUAGUCUCAAUCACACAUAAGAUUGUUUGUUCUCAAAAAAAGGGAAACGUGCAGAUGAGUCAACAUGCCGACUGGAUCAGUAAGACUGCAAAGCAUUAAAAAACUGGGACAGGAAAACCAAAGCUAUGACUUUUCGGGUGAAGAACCAGCUGGCUCCUAUAUGUCCAUGACAACUUCAAAGGACAAUGAGAAAGAUCAGGGAAAAGAGGACCAACCAGCGAUAAGGGUCGGCUUCUUUCAGCUGUUCCGUUUUGCCACAUGCCGCGAUGUACUGAUGAUGGUGAUAGGUAGCGUGUGCGCCGUGCUGCACGGCUCGGCCCAGCCGCUCAUGCUGCUGGUGUUCGGUAUGCUCACCGACGCCUUCAUCGAGUACGACGUGGAGCUGAACGAGCUGAACGACGACAGGAAGGAGUGCGUCAACAACACGAUCCAGUGGAAGAGGAACUACACGGCGGCGAACAGCCAGAACAACUCGGACUGGUUCAUGCACAAUUCAUCAUGGGAGAUGCUCCGACCGCUGGGCAACAGGUCGUGCGGGCUCCUCGACAUUGAAUAUGAAAUGACAUUAUUUGCCUUCUACUACGUUGGAAUUGGAGCAGCUGUCUUCUUGCUGGGAUACUUUCAGAUCUCCCUGUGGGUGACGUCUGCUGCCAGGCAGAUCAAGCUCAUCAGAGAAAUGUACUUCAGCAGAGUGAUGAGGAUGGAGAUCGGCUGGUUUGACUGCACCUCCGUAGGGGAGCUCAACACUCGCAUGUCAGAUGAUAUCAACAAGAUCAAUGAUGCCAUGGCGGAUCAAGUGGCCAUUUUUCUGCAGCGCUUCACCACGUUUGUGUGCGGCUUCUGCAUCGGCUUCGUGAAAGGAUGGAAGCUAACGCUCGUCAUUGUCGCAGCAAGUCCGCUGAUCGGCGUUGGAGCCGGUCUGAUGGCUCUGUUCGUGGCUAAGCUAACAGGGAUGGAGCUGCAGGCCUACGCUAAAGCUGGAGCUGUUGCUGAUGAGGUGCUUUCAUCCAUCAGGACUGUGGCUGCUUUUGGUGGAGAGUUGAAAGAAGUCCAAAGGUACGACAAGAACUUGGUCUGGGCUCAGCGCUGGGGCAUCAGAAAAGGUCUGAUCAUGGGCUUUUUCACCGGAUACAUGUGGCUGAUCAUCUUUCUGUGCUAUGGACUGGCCUUCUGGUAUGGCUCCAGUCUGGUGGUGGACACCGCGGAGUACACACCAGGAACACUAAUGCAGGUGUUCUUUGGUGUUUUGGUCGCAGCCAUGAAUCUGGGCCAGGCCUCCCCGUGUCUGGAGGCGUUCGCUGCAGGUCGCGGAGCUGCCACCAUCAUCUUUGAGACUAUUGACAGAGAGCCUGAGAUUGAUUGUUUAUCCGAGGCUGGAUACAAGCUCGACAGGGUCAAAGGAGAUAUCGAGUUUCACAAUGUGACUUUCCACUACCCCUCCAGACCUGAAGUCAAGAUCCUGGACCAGCUCAGUGUUGCAGUCAAGUCGGGGGAGACGACAGCCUUUGUGGGCCCGAGUGGAGCUGGGAAGAGUACCGCGAUCCAGCUCAUCCAGCGCUUCUACGAUCCUAAAGAGGGAAUGGUGACCCUGGACGGUCACGACAUUAGGGGACUCAACAUCCAAUGGCUGCGCUCGCUGAUUGGCAUCGUGGAGCAGGAGCCUGUGCUGUUCGCCACCACCAUCGCUGAGAAUAUACGCUACGGCCGACCCGGCGUCUCCAUGGAGGACAUCAUCACCGCUGCGAAGGAGGCCAAUGCCUACAACUUCAUCUUGGACCUGCCGAAGAAAUUCGACACCUUGGUAGGGGAGGGCGGAGGUCAGAUGAGCGGCGGUCAGAAGCAGCGUAUCGCCAUCGCUCGAGCGCUCGUCAGGAAUCCUCGGAUCCUGCUGCUGGACAUGGCGACCUCUGCCCUUGACAACGAGAGCGAGGCCGUAGUUCAGGAAGCUUUGGAUAAAGUACGCAUGGGUCGCACCACCAUCUCUAUCGCCCAUCGGCUGUCCACCAUAAAGAACGCCGAUGUGAUCGUCGGCUUUGAGCACGGCCGAGCUGUGGAGAAGGGCAAGCACAACGAGCUGCUGGAGAGGAAGGGGGUCUACUUCACUCUUGUCACCCUGCAGAGCCAAGGAGACCAGGCUCUGAACGAGAAGGCUCGGGAAAUGGCUAACAAAGACGACGAGACAGAGAGGCUGUCCAGGGCGGGCAGCUACCGCGCCAGUUUGAGAGCGUCGAUCCGCCAGCGGUCCCGAUCUCAGCUGUCCAAGCUGAUGCCAGACUCUGUUUCCUUAACUGGAGAGCUCGGCCCCAGAGCUUACUCUGUGUCACAGGCAGACAAAUCCAAGAAUGCCAUCCCAGAGGAGGAGGAGGAAGAGGCCGUGGAGCCGGCUCCAGUCACCAGGAUCCUCAAGUACAACAUACCUGAGUGGCCCUACAUGCUUUUUGGAUCCAUCGGGGCUGCCAUAAACGGAGGAGUCAACCCCGUCUACGCUCUGCUGUUCAGUCAGAUCCUGGCGACCUUCGCAAUAACGGACCCCGUGGUUCAGAGGAGGGAGAUUGAUAGCGUCUGCAUGUUCUUUGUUGCGGUCGGCGUGGUCUCCUUCUUCACCCAGAUGCUGCAGGGUUAUGCCUUCUCCAAGUCUGGAGAGCUGCUGACCCGCAGGUUAAGGCGGCUUGGCUUCCAUGCCAUGCUGGGUCAAGAGAUCGGCUGGUUUGAUGAUCACAGAAACAGCCCUGGAGCUCUGACCACGCGUCUGGCCACCGACGCCUCACAAGUCCAGGGAGCCACGGGCUCACAGAUCGGCAUGAUCGUCAACUCCCUGACCAACAUCGGCGUGGCCGUCCUCAUGUCCUUCUACUUCAGCUGGAAGCUCACGAUGCUCAUCCUGUGCUUCCUGCCGUUCAUCGCUCUGUCGGGUGGCUUCCAGGCUAAGAUGCUGACGGGGUUCGCGAAGGAGGACAAGGCGGCCAUGGAGGCGGCCGGACAGAUUUCUGGUGAGGCGCUGAACAACAUCCGCACCAUCGCAGGCCUGGGGAAAGAGAGGAGCUUCGUAGAAAUCUACACGGCCCAGCUCGACGCUCCGUAUGAGGCGGCCCUGAAGAAGGCCAACGUGUACGGGGCCUGCUACGGUUUCGCCCAGUGCAUCAUCUUCUUCACCAACUCGGCCUCCUACAGGUUUGGAGGCUACCUGGUGCGACAGGAGGGGCUCCACUUCAGCCUGGUGUUCAGGGUCAUCUCAGCCAUCGUCACCAGCGGCACAGCCCUCGGCAGAGCCUCCUCCUACACACCGGACUACGCCAAGGCCAAGAUUUCAGCAGCUCGCUUCUUCCAGCUGCUGGACCGAGUGCCUCAGAUCAGCGUCUACAGCAACAAAGGAGAUAAAUGGGAUAACUUCCAGGGGAACAUUGACUUCAUUGACUGUAAGUUCACCUACCCCACCAGGCCAGACAUCCAGGUCUUGAAUGGGCUGAAUGUGUCGGUGAAGCCCGGCCAGACGCUGGCCUUUGUGGGCAGCAGCGGCUGCGGGAAGAGCACCAGCGUUCAGCUGCUGGAGAGGUUUUAUGAUCCCGACCAGGGCAGAGUGCUGAUUGAUGGCCACGACUCCACUCAUGUCAACGUGCCCUUCCUGCGCUCCAAGAUUGGCAUCGUGUCCCAGGAGCCCAUCCUGUUCGACUGCAGCAUCGCCGAGAACAUCAAGUAUGGCGACAACCUGCGGGAGAUCAGCAUGAACGACGUCAUCUCCGCCGCCAAGAAGGCCCAGCUCCACGACUUUGUCAUGGGGCUGCCUGAGAAAUACGACACAAACGUCGGCGCCCAGGGUUCUCAGUUGUCUCGCGGACAGAAGCAGCGCAUCGCCAUCGCCAGAGCGAUCAUACGUGACCCCAAGAUCCUGCUCCUGGACGAGGCGACCUCGGCCCUGGACACCGAGAGCGAGAAGACGGUGCAGGCAGCCCUGGACAAAGCCAGAGAGGGACGGACCUGCAUCGUCAUCGCCCAUCGCCUGUCCACCAUCCAGAACUCCGACAUCAUCGCCGUCAUGUCCAGGGGCUUCGUGAUCGAGAAGGGAUCGCACGACCAGCUCAUGGCCCUGAAGGGAGCGUACUACAAGCUGGUUACCACAGGAGCACCAAUCAGCUAAGCGCUCAGGGAUGCAGCACAAUUAGCGAGGCAGCCAAAAGAAACGAAUGUAAAGCAGUGUUACUGCCAUGCGUCGAGAGAGGCCUGGAAGUGUGCCAUACUUGAACAAUGCUUGUAUUUGGGUAGAGUCCUGUCAUGAGCAGAGUCACACAGGCUGUUUAUGGGGUGUUUUAAGGUCUGCUAUGAUGACAGUUGUUUACGUCUUGGAUAUAAAUGUAUUGAUAAUGGCUGUCUUAGUAUCUCAAGAGCAUGCUGACACGCCACCGGGAAGCAGGAAACUGUCUCCCACACCUGAAAAAGUGCCUGGUAUUUAGAGCCAAGUGUACCCCACUACUCACCACAGGCUACUGCACCAAACCAGUGCCUUGGUCAACCAACAAUAAUCAAUAGACAUAAAGGACUUCAAUACCAUGCUGGAUAUUAAUAUUGUUCACGUCCAAACACUGUUCUCUUAUUGUAAUAUAGGAUAUAUUAGAGUGAUAAGAAUUAUAUAUAAAUUAAUUACAUUUUUUUAUAUCCAAUAAUUUUAUGAAUGGUUUUGACAAAAUGCUUAGACUGAUAUAACUCAUGUUUAUAUGCUAAAUAUCAAGCUAGAGCUAGCUAGCAGGAGAUUAGCUUAGCAUAAAGGCUGGAAGCAGGGAGAAACUGCUAGCUCUGGCUCUGUCCAGCACCUCUCAAACACAUGGUUUAACAUGUUGCAGCACAUAAUUUAACCAAUGAACAUUUAUGUUUGUGUACAGUGGAUGGAACAUAUUAAUCAGCGGAAUUUAUAGGUGCUAAUUUGGACAGCAUCAUUUUGCAGUUUAUGGGAAAAGUUUAUGGCCUUUCUGGAUCAGUUUCCAUCACAUGACAUUGUACUUACCAUUUUGGUCUGAAGUUCCAGUUCUGCUCCUGCUUGCUCCGUUUCCCCCUGCCUCUGGUCUUCAUGCUAAGCUAAGCUAAUCACCUCCUGGCUGUAGCUUCUUCUUGUCUGUCAACAAGAGAGUGAAUGUCAAACUAAAGCCAUUCAAAAUAACAUCGUACUGUGUUUUUUGUACAUACUUGUUUCUGGAUAAUUCACUGUAAUCGCUUCAUGCAUUGUAUUCCUUGUCCCAGCUGUUUGUUUAUCGCUGUCAUUGGAUUGAAACUGUAAUGCUGUAUGGAUGCUCCUAUUUUUUAUUGCUUUAUGUGGAAGGAAAAUAAAACUAUCAAAGUGCU